GUCCCACUUGGCUUUGCAGAAAAGAUUGGCUGAGACACACUGCCAUAGAAAUUUUUAUAAUAAAGCUCUCUGUUUCAAAUGGUUCCUACAUGCGCAAACACCCUCCACCUAAGGUACCUUGAGUCCCAGAAAGGCCGAAGCAGGACCACUGCAAAAAGGUGGCAGUAUCCCACCCAGGAUUUCAGCUCCAGAUGGGAAAAAAGUGUCCUGCAGCCUCCCCAACCUGAAAUGAAAGUUAACACGUGGGCAAUAAAGCCUCCUGAUUUCAGUUAUAAACUGUAUACAUCUUUGAGCUUUCCAGAAAAACCAGCAAGGACUGUGAAGGAAGAACAAAGGAGGAAAAAAAAAAGCAAUUUUCCAGAAACAAUGUUUCACUUGCCUAGCAUGAGCAAUCACCCCAAGCAGGCCAGAUAUCCUAAAUUUAUAACUACAUUCCCACAUCUGGAUUCAUAUAAAGCAAAGCUAUUGUAUGUGGAGAGUGGAAAAUAUCCGAAUGGCAUAUACUUCGAUCCGAAACCACAUGACUUUCGACAGUACCAACCUAAUUUACCAAAUUUUGUGACAACUUGUGAAAGGGACCCUUUGGGAUUAAAAUUUAAGUCACAACACUUAAGUACAGUACAUAAGGACCAGUGGCUGAAGGAUGAUAAACAGAAGAACAGUACAGAAAGAUUCAUUACCUACAAGCUUCGUGAAUGCAUGUGGGAUUCAAAGCUAAUUUUACCAAAAGCACCAUGGCCCAUUAAAUCUGCUUCCUAUACGAGACAUAGAAGGCGGCGAGAUGUGUACAGUGCAUUUAUGGAUCGUGUGGAAGAAAAGUUUACUAAGACAUGUAAGAACAGGCUCCAUUCUCAAAGGAAAUGACACAGCAGUCUAUCACCAAGUUUCUUAAAGCAGUUACAGGACAUCACAGACUACUGCUGGCUAUAAGGCUAUGAAAUCGGGACUUCCAGGCUCAGCCAGAAUCAAGGCCUUCCUAGCUGUCACUGGGAAGCAUCUUCUAUUAACUUUAAGAGCAAAUCUAUCUCAAUAUCACAGAAGCUCUCAAAAUAA